CCUUAUUACUUCUAAUAACUUUUUUGUAGAAUGUAAAAUACAGUCUCACACUCUUCGCACCUAUCAAAGCAUUCUUUCUUUUAGUUGGUGUAAAUUAUUUUAUGUCAUCACAUCCGUCCAUGUCAUAGUUGUUCAUAUGUAUCCCUUGUUUUCUCGCUUUCUCCCAUUCCCGUCGGCCAUUUUCGAUAAUUGCAUCAACAAUUAAAAUAUCUUUCGCGAAACUUUUGGUAUUUUCACCUUUAAGAUACGAGCGUAUGUCGGUUCAAAACUUUAAUUCAGCAGAUCCAUUUGCUGUUGACAAGUCAGAGCAAGAAGGUUUGAUUCACAUUCGAAUUCAACAAAGAAAUGGACGUAAAACACUGACUACAGUACAAGGCAUUUCAGAGAAAUAUGACAAGAAAAAGCUUGUCAAGUAUUUCAAAAAGAAUUUUUCUUGUAAUGGAACAGUUGUGGAUCAUCCGGAACAUGGUGAAGUUAUUCAACUUCAAGGGGAUCAACGUCAGUCUAUUCAUGACUUUUUGAUUGAUAUUGACCUAGCAACAAAGAACCAGGUUAAGGUUCACGGCUUCUAAAAUACUAUCAAGAAACUAUUAUAUUUAAGUUCAUAAUAUCAUGGAGUAAACAAGAAUGGUUGAUCAGAUGGAAACAUAGAAGAUUUUAUUAACAAACAUUCUUUCACACUGUAUGUACUUACUUCACUGUAUGAGUGUGAACUUUAUCUUUAUCCAUACUUUUUUUAUAAAAGAGUAAAGUUUAAAGACUUA